GGUUGGUGAAUCGAUAGUUUGUCAAGUACGAAAAUGGCAGAUGCUGCUGUCGAACAGCCGCCUUCAGCAACACAGACACAGGCAGGAAACACAUAUGUGAUUCGUCCAAAUUUCCAGCAUAAGUUCCGUCCAGUUAUUGUGAAAGAAUGCAUACAUAAUGCUCUAAGCGACCAUUUAACGGGGAAGAAUUAUGAUGCUGAGGAGACAAUAGAAUGGACCAAAGUUAUUGCAGAUGAUAUUAAACAGAGGUUAAAAGAUUUGGGUUAUGACCGAUAUAAGUUUAUAGUCCAAGUUGUGAUAGGAGAACAGCGUGGAGAAGGUGUAAAGAUGGGGUGCAGGUGUUUCUGGGAUUCCGACACAGACAAUUAUGCUCAGGAUAUUUUUAUGAAUGAUUCCUUGUUCUGUGUAGCGGCAGCCUUCGGAUGUUUCUUCUACUGAAUAUUACAUCAUUACCAGUUAUAUCAUUCCAUUAUCCGUCCACAUCAAAAUCUACUGUGAUGUCAUGAGACUGUGAUGUCAUCAAAAAGUGAUGUCAUGAGAGAAAGAACAACAAAGAUUGCAAACAUGGUUAGAUAUUUGAAAAAACGGACUAUUAAGAAGUACUAGUAAUAACAUAAAUAAUCUCCACUGUAAUUUUGUCUUUUAUGUCUGAUUUUGUGACAACCACCAGAAAUAAAAAAUGUGUGGUUUCAAUCAACUUGUUGUAAUGCAGAAAGUGGAUUCUUGAUAAUGAGGUUUCUCAGAGUACCAGAAUACUGUAGAAAAAAUAUAUGAUUUCCUUUUCCACUCCACAUGGUAAUGAAGACUCAUCAGAUAAAUAUAAUGACUUGCUACUACUUGAAAAAUUAAUGGUCAGAAUCUGCCUGAAUCCUAACAAUGUCUACAUGUAAUUAUCAUGUGUACGCAGCGCAAAACAAGAAUAGAAAUACAGUUGAAAAAAGUACCAAAUGCAGACGAGGGCUGUCAGGAGUGAAAAAUUGUUUUGGAAUAGGGUGGGUUUAAAAGCAAAACACAGUUGCAUGCCAUUUGUUCUAAAAGGUUGUAGUGUUUCCCUAUGAGUUAUAAUCUGCACCAGCAUGAGAGGAGCCUGUACUUUUACAGUGGUUGCGAUAAUGCCAAUGGUUAACACUUAGCGAUUUGGUAAUCUGUGGUAAUGGUUUAAAAACAAACAAAACUUAAGGAUGUAUGCUACUUAGAUGUGAAAUGCAUCUUUUUCUAAAACAAAUACCACACUGCAUUUGUGCAAAAGAUAAUGCUUAUUAAAGAUUCCCAAGGGACAUAACUCUGAAGCAAAAGUAAGUCUACUGAAAAGAUUGAUUUAUUCUUAAGUUCAUUCUAUAAUUGAUGUCAUUGUUUGAAGUAUUUUUUAAGGAAUUUCAAAUCUGCAAAUACAUUUUUAUGUUGGUAUUGAUGAAUUUAUUUUCCUUCACACAAAUAUCUGAUCUCUGGAAUUGUAAUAUACAAAUUCUUUUUGAAUUCAAUUUUGCCUGUCCUUUGACGUUUAAUUUGACACCACACUAAUGAACAUUUUGUGUAAAGUAAUAUGUAUCAAGAUGAUUCAGAAUUCAGUGUUGAGAAGGUUUUUUGUGAAAAUAUCAAAAGUACCCUCUGAAGGAUAAUUUGACAGUUUUGUGAAGCAAUCCAGGGAAGCACUAGGUUAGAGAAAGGAACUGCAUACUGUAUUGAUGUAUGAGUGUGUUGUGUGGAUGAUUGUGUAAAUGAAAAUUAUUUUUAUUCAUGAAUAAACUAUCAUAUUAGA